AUGGGCAUAAAAAAGGACAACUUAGCCAACACCAUCACCUGGCAAGACACUGAAGGUGAUUUUCCCAACUCCACUGAUGUGGAAGUCGGUCUGAAGACUUUGUACCUCCCCAUUAUGUACACCAUCUUCUCCCUUGUGGGCUUCCCAGGAAACAUCAUUGCAAUUUGUGUUUACAACUUCAAGAUGAGGCCUUGGAAGAGCAUCAUCAUCAUCAUGCUGAACCUGGAGCUCAUGAACCUGCUCUACCUCACCAGCCUUCCCUUCCUGAUACUCUACUACACCAGCGGUGAGCACUGAAUCUUUGGCGAAUUCAUGUGCAAGUUCAUCCUCUUCGGCUUCCACUUCAACUUGUACAGUAGUAUCCUUUUCCUCACCUGCUUCAGCAUUUUCUGCUACUUGGUGGUUGUCCACCCUAUGAAGUUCUUCCAUGUCCAGAGGAAGUGGUGGACAGUGGUGGCUUGCGCAGCCCUUUGGGUGAUCUCACUGACAGCUGUCAGCCUCGUCAAAUUCUUGAUCUCCUCAAAAGAGGCACAAAACAGAUCCUUAUGCCUUGACUUUACCAAUUCUGAAAACCUGGGUGCCAUCAGGUGGUACAACUGGCUACAGAUGGUGGCCGCCUUCUUGCACUUGCUGACGGUGACUCUGUGCUAUGCGCUCAUUAUUUACACCUUGGCUACCAGGACCCACACGUGGACUUGCUACAAGCAAAAGGCUCACAGACUUGCUGUCAUCCUCUUGGUGGUCUUCUGUGUGUGCUUCCUCCCCUUCCACAACUUUUGGGCAGCUCAGGUUGAACUACAGUUAUGUGCAGUGAGCUGUCACAUGGAGAAACAAAUCCACUCUGCCUAUAUCAUCUCUCGGCCACUGGCUGCACUCAGCACAUGUGGCAACCUGCUACUUUAUAUCAUGAUCGGAGGUAACUUCUAGCAGGCCAUCAUCUGUCUUUCAGGCUGUAAGUGA